AUGUGCUCGGACCCGGCAGCCUCGAACCCCUUCGCGCACUAUCUGCAUCGCGCCGUGAUAACCGGCCUCGUGCCCGGCGGCCGCUACCGCUACCUCCUGCCCGGCAGCGAUGUUGCCCGGCCGUUCCGGGCGCAGCCGGCCCCUGGGGGGAAGUUCAAGUUUGUGGCCUUUGGGGACAUGGGGGACGGCGAGCAUGCGGCUGCCAAGUCACCGGGCGCACCCCUGACGCUGUCGGCUUUGCAGCAGGAGCAGCCCUGGCUGGAGCUGGCCGUGCACGUCGGUGACAUCAGCUACGCCAAGGGUAACCCUGAUAUGUGGGACUCCUUCAUGGCCGGCAUUGAGCCUCUGGCGUCGCGGGUCCCCUACAUGGUGGUCACGGGCAACCACGAGUAUGGCUAUGAGGGCGGCGCCGCCAGCGACCCCAGCGGCUGCAAGCCCUAUGCGCCGGGCUGGGGCAACUACGGCCCCGACAGCGGCGGCGAGUGCGGCGUCAUGCUCGCGCGGCACUUCAUGAUGCCCGGCCUGCGCGGCGACAACCCCCCCUUCUGGUACGGCUUUGAGUAUGGCGGCGUGCACUUCACCGCGAUUUCCACCGAGCACGACCUCGCGCCCGGCAGCCCGCAGCACGCCUGGCUGGACGCUGAGCUGGCAAAGGUGGACCGCUGCAGGACGCCCUGGCUGGUGCUGCUGCUGCACCGCCCGAUGUAUGUGGUGUACCCGCACAAGUCCAACCGCGAGGUCGGGGACCACAUCCGCGCCAGCAUAGAGCCCCUGCUGCGCCGCCACCUGGUCGACGCCGCCAUCAGCGGGCACGUGCACAGCUACUACCGCACCUGCCCCGCCUACGACGGGGACUGCACCACCGGGGGCAGCGACGGCGGCCCCGCCGCCGGCACCAACAUCGCGGCCAAUCCCGGCAUGCCCGGCCGCAGCGGCGGCGGCGGCGGCGGCGACGGCGGCCACGGCACGGUUCACAUCAUAGUGGGUUCUGCGGGCCACGAGCUGUCGGCUCUGGAGGAGGGGCAGGAGGGCUGGCUGGUGGCGGCGCGGCAGGCCUGGGGGUACUCCCGGUUCACCGUCGAGUCGGAUGCGCGCAUGACGGUGGAGUUUGUGGCGUCAGAAUCUGGGCUUGUGCUGGACUCAUUCGAGCUCGCAGCGAGUGACGCCCGGCUGCGGGGCGCCUGCCCUACUGCGGCUGCGCCCCAUGCGCAGCGCGCAGGCGCCCCGGCGAGCUGA